GCGGGCGCCGGGAGCGAUGCUGGUCCUGGCCGCGCUGUGGGUCUUCUCGGGAGCCGGCGCGGCCUUCGCCCAGGUGGUCCAGACCCGCUUCACUGAGGAGCCGGAAGACCAGACAGUGGUUGCUGGGGAGCGGACGGUGCUCUCCUGUGUGGUGCUGAACUAUUCGGGGAUUGUGCAGUGGACGAAGGAUGGGCUGGCCCUGGGGAUGGGGCAAGGCCUCAAAGCUUGGCCGCGCUACAGAAUCAUUGGGUCAGCCGACUCGGGGCAGUAUAACCUGGAGAUCACCGAUGCCGAACUCUCGGACGAUGCUCUGUACGAGUGCCAGGCCACAGAAGCAGCGCUGCGAUCCCGGCGGGCCAAGCUGACUGUCCUGAUUCCCCCUGAGGACCCCAUCAUCGAUGGAGCCCCCGAGAUUCUGUUGCGGGCAGGAACGCCCUACAACCUCACGUGCUGGGCACGGAACGCCAAGCCGGCCGCCUCGAUCGUCUGGUUCCGCGAUGGGGUGCAGCAGCCAGAAGCUGUCAUGGCCACGGAAGUGUUGUCUGACGGAAAGAGAGAGACCACUAUGAGCCAGCUGCUCAUCAACCCCACGGACCAGGACAUCGGCCGGGUGUUCGCCUGUCACUGCAGCAACGAAGCCGCCCCGGAUGGCAAGGAGACCUCCGUCAAGCUCAACGUUCACCACCCUCCAACGUUGACGCUGUCCAUUCAGCCGCAGACGGUGCAGGAAGGGGAGAAGGUGACUUUCACCUGUCUGGCGACAGCCAACCCGGAGAUCAAAGGCUACAGGUGGGCGAAAGGCGGUGUGAUCCUGGAGGACGCCAAAGAGAGCAAGUACGAGACCCACGUGGACUACACCUUUUUCACGGAGCCAGUCUCGUGUGAAGUGCACAACGAUGUGGGGAGCACCAACAUCAGCACCCUGGUGGAUGUGCACUUUGCUCCCCGCAUCGUGGUGGAUCCGAAGCCCAUGACCACCGACAUCGGCUCAGACGUGACGUUGACCUGCGUGUGGGCUGGGAAUCCACCCCUCACCCUCACCUGGACCAAGAAGGAGUCCAACAUGGUACUGAGCAAUAGCAACCAGCUGUUCCUCAAGUCCGUCACCCAAGCGGAGGCGGGGCAGUACGUCUGCAAGGCCAUCGUGCCACGGAUCGGGGUGGGCGAGCGCGAAGUCUCCCUCUUCGUCAACGGUCCCCCGAUCAUCUCCAGUGAUACCGUCCAAUACGCUGUACGUGGAGACCGCGGGAAAGUGGAAUGUUUCAUUGGCAGUACCCCUCUCCCUGACCGCAUAGCCUGGGGCUGGAAGGAGAAUAUCUUGGAAACAGGGACCCUGGAGCGCUACACCGUGGAACGCAGCAACAUCGGCCACGGGGUGCUGUCCACCUUGACCAUCAACAACGUGAUGGAGGUGGAUUUCCAGACACGCUACAACUGCACAGCCUGGAACAGCUUUGGUGCCCGGACAGUCAUCAUCCAGCUGGAGGAGAAAGAGGUUAUACCCGUGGGGAUCAUCGCUGGAGCCACCAUUGGAGCUGGAAUUCUGGUCAUCUUCUGCUUCGCUGCCCUGGCCUACUUCCUCUACCGACGUCGCAAAGGGAGCCGUAAAGAUGUGACCUUACGCAAGCUGGAUAUCAAGGUGGAGACUGUGAACCGGGAGCCCCUCACACUGCACACGGACCGCGAGGAGGACACGGCCAGCGUCUCCACGGCCACUCGUGUCAUGAAAGCCAUCUACUCGUCAUUCAAGGAUGAUGUGGAUCUGAAGCAGGACUUGCGCUGUGACACCAUCGACACCCGGGAGGAGUAUGAGCUGAAGGAUCCAACCAACGGCUACUACAACGUCCGUGCCCACGAGGACCGCCCAUCUUCCCGCACCGUGCUCUAUGCCGACUACCGCAAUCCUGGCCCUGCCCGCUACGAGGCCCGCCCCUCCUCCCGCCUCUCCCACUCCAGUGGCUACGCCCAGCUCAGCACCUACGGCCGGGGUCCAACCUCUGACUACAGCGGUGACCCUGUCCCGGGGCCCACGGCUGGCCCCACCACAGCCGAGACUGCCAGCCAGUUGUCGUAUGAGACUUACGGGGGGCACACAGUCUUCCCACCCAACGCUGGCUAUGCCACCUACCGCUUGGGCUACACCCAGCCCCCGCCGCCUGCCCUGGACAGAGCCACCUAUGACACCUACGACCCCUUGGGCAAAUACACCACUGCCACCCGCUUUUCGUACACCUCCUCAGACUAUGGGCAGCGUUUCCAGCAGCGGAUGCAGACUCACGUCUGACUCAUGAGCCGGGUGUGGAAGGGGGGGGCAGGUACCUCAUGACGGUCCCCUGAUAUUCAGGGGCUUUCCCCAACCUCCCCUUGCCCAGCUGCAGGCCAGACGGACGGCAAGUGCUGUGCCAAACGGA